AUGGACGACGAUUAUGGCGCCGACGAGGCCCUCCUCGCAGCCAUGGCUGCCGCUGAUCCGGCCCAGUCCUCUCGCAGGACCGUUCAGCAGCCGGUACCCCAAAGAAUCCAACAGCCCAAGCCGCAGCGAAUGGACAAGGCACCGCCGAGCAAGACAUCCGGGAGCAAGGUUGUGCAGCCUACACCACAGGCUCUCCCGCAGAAACAAACGGGCGGAUCGACCAUCCUGGUAUCUCCUCGCCAGCGAGGAAAUCCAGUGCUGACGUCUAUACGUUCUUUGCCGUGGGAAUAUAGCGAUAUUCCAGCCGAUUAUGUCAUGGGACUCACAACCUGCGCACUAUUUUUGAGUCUCAAGUACCACCGACUCCAUCCCGAAUACAUCUACACACGCAUACGAAACCUACAAGGCAAAUACAACCUACGCAUUCUUCUCACCAUGGUGGAUAUACCCAACCACGAAGAUUGCUUACGCGAGCUCUCAAAAACCUCACUCGUGAACAAUGUCACCAUCAUCUUGUGUUGGUCGGCCGCCGAGGCCGGCCGGUACCUCGAGUUGUACAAGUCCUACGAGAACACAAGUUCCGCAGCCAUUCGUGGCCAACAAGCUUCCAGCUACGCCGAUAAGCUGGUCGACUUUGUGACGGUGCCCCGAAGCCUCAACAAGUCUGACGCCGUCGCGCUAGUGGCCAACUUUGGCAGUCUGAAAAAUGCCAUCAACGCGGAGCAGGAACAGCUUGGCAUGAUCGGUGGAUGGGGAGGCGUCAAAGUCAAGAGGUGGUCUGCUGCAAUCGAGGAGCCCUUCCGGGCAAAGAAGGCGGCCAGGCGGGGUUUGCAGCCGUCCAAAACCGGAGCCCAGCAGGCAAGCACAAGUGCGGACGGUCAGCACGCAGAUCGGACCUCGCGGCUGGAGGAAGCCGUGCCGCUUUCGAGAGUGCCUCUCAGAGAUAUGCCUGCCGUGGGCACCGGCUCUGGUGCCCCCUCCGCCGCAAAGGGGACGCCAGAUGGAGGCUUAUCGAGCGGAUCUGCUCCAAAGCAGUUCCAGUUCCUGGAUGACGAUGUUGAGAACGAGGACGACGAUGCGGAAGAGGCUUUUAUGGCUGCUGCUAUUGAAGAUUCGAGAAGGACUUCACAGCCAACCGGGGGAAACUCCAACUCGGGCCGGACAGCCGGUGCGGAGAAGAUGGACGAUGGGUUGAGUGGUGGCGUUGCAGCAGCUCUCGCCAAACUGCGCGAAAAUGGCUGA